AUGGCUUCACAGGGUCAAAAGCUCACCUGGAUUUUGCUCCAAGCACUCCUGCUGGGAUCAACCUGCUCCGUUCACGGUUCCCUCGUGAAAGUCAACAAAGGUUUAAAGGUGAAACGGGGUCAGUCGGCCUACCUGCAGGAGGGUGACUUGCAGUUCCAGAUCCCCCGUCAGAAGGAUGCAUGCAAGGUGGAGGUGGUGCUUAAUGAGCCGAUAACUCAACGAGUGGGGAAACUCAUGCCCGAGGUAAGAGAAAGAUCCUCCUACAGUGAAACUCUGGGUUUGUUUAAACAAAACCGGAUAGUUUGAGUGUAUGCAGAGUUCACUUACAGCUCUGUUUGAGAGCUGAUGUGAUGAAAAACCAUGAAUAAUGCUAUCAGUAUUUUAGUAAUGGUGUCAAAAAAACAAGGCUUUUUCUUUUUUUGUCACCUCUCUCUUUGAUCAUAUCAUGUUCCUACAAACAUUUUAAUGUGUGUAGAGAUUUAAUACUCAAAAAAAGCUUAUAAACCUGUCUGGUUUAGCUAGGGCUGGGCGAUAAACUGAAAAUUUCCAGAUACUGAAAUUUACAACAAUAACCAACACCAUUUUGCCCAUGUCAAUAUAUUCAGGGUCAAAAAGAUAAUAAAAGUGGGUUUUGGAUGUGUAUGUAGGCUAUGGUGUCAUGUCCCUUAAGACGCUGUCCUACGUCAGAGAUGUGACUCCACCCCAUCCAGUCCGUAACAAAGAGGGAAAGACGGACGAGAAGAUGGAGGACAGUUGAAAAGUUAUAGAGGCUGGAGUGGUGCCUGAAGUACAUGAAGUUAAUGUGGGAGGGGUGAGCAGCUUGUGGAGUAGUUAUUGUCCAUUUAUCAUUAUCGAGGUGAACUGCUCAAUAUAUCGUGAUAUUGAUAUGAGGCCAUAUCGCCCAGCCCUAGGUUUAGUCCAAGUUAACACAGACAGUCUUUUCUAAACCUAAAACCAAUAAAAACAGUUGGGAAAUUGUAGCUUGAGCCCAUAUGUGACUAAAAUCAGGACUUUUCUGUUUGUGUCUUUGGCUUCUUCUGAGACAGCAGCCUCAUGUUUGCAGAAAUCAUUUUUGUAUUUUUUUAAUGUUUUAAUAAAGGCAAAAGCAGAUAUAAACAGCACAUAGAAAAACAGAAAAAUAGCAGCUAAUUUAUGGAUGCAGAGAAGUCUUUUUGACUCAACAUGAGAGCAAAAAUCCAGAAAAAAAACAAGAUUUUGUAUUGUAAAUAAAACCUUACAGUCAUAAUGAUAAACUGGUAUUAACCUUGAAAUAUGUCAUCUAUAGGAAAAAACACAUUGGCUAUCAUGGUUUAGUCAUUUGUUGGAGACAGUAGGGUUUACAGUGAAAAUCCUUGUUGGAUUUAGUCAUCCUGUGCAGCCUUGUCUUCUGCUGAGCAGAGACAGAGAGGUAUUUCUCAGAGGGAAAAUAGUCCAGACAUCGCUCUCUACAUCUUCCUUUGUUUUCUCAGCAGACAGGCAGCCUCCUCUCUAAUGACUCAGUGCUGACAGACACCGUCGUCUGUUGAACGUCCAGGAUGAGCCAUUUAUCAUACUUAACUGUAGAAAAAUAAAGUUGGAGGACUGGGCUUCAAAUGUACACUUUUACAUCAGCAGGUCAAAGUUUGAGCUUUUCUCACAACCUGUUUGAUGAGUUUGUUAGAUUAUUUUGAACCUGAGGUGCUUCAUGCACGGCUCUUAUUGCAGCUUUAGCCUAGAUCACAUAGAUUUAACCCUAAACCUAGGGCUUCAUGUAUAAACCAUGCAUAUUUUCUACUAAACUGAAGCUGAAAUACCCUCUCUGAGAGAAAAAUGCAGAAUUGAAACCUGUUUGGUUAGAAGAGAACUGCUCUUAGUGUUUUUUUCCAUCUUAUUCCAGGUAUUUGAUUGUCACUAUCUGGCAGAUGAGAUAAAAUAUGUCCAUAAUGGCUGUCCGCUGUUGAAGGAGGACACUAUCAAGCUACGACUCUACAGGUACAGCAUGUGUAAACUUUACUACGCCAACUCAUCUCCUUAAAUCUCCUCAUCUCCUUUGCCGAUAUUACAGUUUAAAAAUCUUGAUUUUCUGAUCCAGGUUCACAGAGUCGGAGACGUACAUGGAGGUGUUUUCUCUCCACGUGGAAAUCAUGGAACCUGAAUGCAGCAUCAUAAAACUGGGACCCAAAUCCCUGCAAGUUCCUGAGUUUUACGGCUUCUCCGAUGCUGUGGACAGAAACAUAGUGUCCUUCAACUAUGAGAGGAGGUCCAGUCUGGAGUGUAGCAUCCAUCUAAGUAAUCACGACACUCAUCUGCCGGCUCAUGGUCAGCUGGUCACCGGAGAGCCGGAGAAAGCUACGAAGAGAGGGGACGAGCCAGAGAGCUUUAUUCCACUCCGACAGCAGCUGGGUAAGACAGCAAGAAAAGUAUGAAACCUCAAUCAUCAGCAUAAGUGGUAUGCCUGGACAUAUAACGAAUGGUGUUAAACAAACAGUAAAGGACUAAGAAAAGAGCCAUGUGGGACUCCAUAAUUUAAAAAAUUGUAAUAUUAUUUUUUAAAUUUAUUGUAUUUUAUCUUUUAUUCUUUUAAUUUAUAUAUUUUUUUAUACUCCACAAUUGACAUGACUAAGUGAUUAUUAAGAGUUUGGAUGCAGGAGUCAAUUUUUCAAUAUUGUGAGUUUCAUGUCAUCCAUCUUGAUUUUUGUGAUUAUUCAGAUAAUAAAGAGAGAGCCAUGUGUAAAUCUGAGGACUGCCUGAAGGGUCUGAAGCUGGUGAAAUUCACUAAAUUCCCCUGUGAUGACUUCCUAAUGAUGGGGCUGAAAUAUCAGCACAUAGACCCUCCAUCUCCAGACAUGGACUACAUUGCUAUCAGGCUGGACUUGAAGGACACCAGGAGUGGCAGCAUUUAUAAGGUACCUCAGCUGCUUCGCUCAUAAAAGUUUAUUUUUCUUUCUUUUUUAUCUUUUACUGUAACUCUGUUUCCUCGGUAUAGUCUGAACAGGCCUGGAUCCCAGUUCAGAUACUUGGUGCGAUGCCCAACCAGCCUCCCAAACCAUCCUUCAUGUCCAUGUUCAUCCUGGAGGUGGACCAGUUUAUCCUCACGCCACUCUCCACCGCCACUUUGGACGCUGAAGACGAGGAAACCCCCAAACAGCUUUUAGUUUUCAACAUCACCAAACCCCCCGCUGACGGCUUCAUCACCCACCUGUCAGAUCACACCCGUCCAAUCACCUCCUUCACAUGGCUCGACCUCAAUGACAUGCUCAUCGGGUAUCAACCUCCAAACUCCUCACACACACAGCGCAGGAACUAUGAGGUGCAGCCUUAAUUUCUUACACUCAGACACAGCAAAAAACAUUUUUCGUGAUGUCAACAGUUUCUGGAGAUCUCUGUUUUCUUUCCAUCCAGGUGGAAGUUGAGAUUCAUGAUUUUUUCUUUGAGAAGAGCCAACCAGUGACCGUCCAUAUGUCUGUUAGAAACGCAGACACCAACGCACCCAGAGUGUCCUGGAACAUGGGUGAGCAUGCUGAUGUCACAAAUGCACAUGUGUUGAUUUUUUGGAUUAUGCAGCAGGGUCAUCCUGAAAAACUCAACUGAGAGGUCCCACUGUGCCUUCUGUAGUUUUACCUUACUGUAGCUUUAUGUUGAAAAAAAUAUGAUUUCUUUUUCUUGAAGGUCUCAGUCUGUUGGAGGGUCAGUCCCGGCCAAUUCUGUGGGAGCAGCUCCAGAUUGUGGACAACGACAACCUGAAUGCUGUCCGUCUCAUCACUGUGGACGGUCUGCAGCAUGGACGGCUCACAGUCAGAGGUACAGACUCAAAAGAUCUCAGCUUUCCUGCGUAUCAUAGCUUGUUGUAGCAAACCACCCAGUCUGCUCAGACCACCCGCUCUGUCUUUGUCGACUUCCAUUGAAGUACAUUUUUCUUCUUGACUUAAAACAGUGGUGUCACAGUUUGCUUGAUAUGCAGAUGAGUGGCCAAAAAGUUAAACUAAAGAGUGAUCUUAGCUUGCAGAUUGUUUCUGUUUCUGAAAAGUAGUUUUAGAUUACCAUGUUUAAGUAUCAUUAGUCUGUAUUUUAUAUUCUAAACUCAAAUUUUGGAAUAUUGUCUGAGUGUUUUUAAAGAUAAUUCCCUGUGUUUUAAGCCCUCUUAACCAUAACCUUAGAGUAUUAUCCUCCAGUUUACUUCUAAACAACAAUCCCUUGCAGAGGUGAUGCAUAUACCGAUAUAUUAAGUCUGACUUUUGUUUGAUUUGAUUCGUAUGUGUUAAAUUCAGGUGGUAAAGGUUUCAUGUUCACCAUCAAGGACAUCAAAGAUGGCAUGGUUCGCUACCACCAUGACGACAGCGACUCCACCAAAGACUUCAUCAUCUUCCGAAUCACCGACGGCCCCCAUCAGACCCGACACAAGUUCCCCAUCAAGAUCCUGCCAAAGGACGACAGCCCUCCAUUCCUGAUCACCAACAUGCUGCUGGAGGUGUCUGAGGGUCAGACGGCUCUGCUAAGAGGCUCCACCCUGCAGGCCUCUGACAUGGACUCCAGCGACGACUACAUCCUCUUCAACAUCACUCGUCCUCCACAGGCCGGAGAGGUCAUGAAGGUCCCUGGACCAGGACUCACAGGUUGGAAGAGUCCAUCAGUUAUCAUGACUUAAUUUUAAUCUCUUUAGAGUUUUCUCGAAUAAAACCACGUGGUGUUACCGUUGGUUUACAUCCAGGUUACCCCAUCAGCCACUUCCUGCAGAAAGACCUGUCCCAGUCGAUGGUGUACUAUCGACACCUGGGGAAUGAGGUGUUUGAUGACUCCUUUGAGGUGGUGCUCUCAGAUUUUCAUGAUCCUCCAAACCUGUCAGAGCCUCAGGUGAGUGAUAGCAACACAAGUCUGAGAGAGUUCGUUCACCAAUUUUUAAGAAAAUGGGAAACUUCCUUUAAUACAGCAAACACACUGUAAUUUUACAAAUCUCUGUCUUUCAAUGCAAGUUCAACUCAUGUAUCUUCACUUUUUAAUGACUUCUCAGUCAUUAGCUUUUAUAGUUAAAAGCUAAUAUUGUACAAGCUAACAUAUUUAAAAUGCCAGUUUUAUACAUUUUCUCUAAACAAUGUUAAUUAGUUUUUGUAUGAUUGCACUCUAAUAUUUGUUAAUGAGCACUUAACUCAUUGGUAAAAUCCUUUCAAAUUGAAAGGUGCCUCAAAAUCGUAAUGGGAUUUUGUAGAAGAGGAUGCAUCCUCUGCAGAGCAUGAAUGUGAGUUACAACUUCAGGGCAUUUCAUGCAAAGACGUCAAGUGAUUUCCUCAAAAUUACAAACAGGAACUGAAAACUGACAGUUGUGAAAACUCCAGGGAAUCACCAAAAUCAUCAAGAUAAUCCUUUGGGAACAGUUAAUGUUCGUAACAAUAAACUAAAAUCUAUCCAAGAACUCUCAAGACACCCUUCUAAGAAAAAAACAACUAGCAAAGAGUUAAAUAAUCAAUCUCACUGUGACAUUGAAGGUACAGUCAUUGAAUUUGAAUUGGGUUCAUCAUUUGGUGAGCAUGAUUGUUGGUGAUGUUAUUUCAAGGCUUUCCGUCCAAUAGUUGCCCAGUUAUUACCCUCAAAAACCUUGAAUGCAAACCCAAUAAUAGCAAUACAAAACUUUGCCUAAGUCCCUUGGGUAUAUCCUCAGAGGAUCACGUUUAACAUUUGUAUUUUGGACUGACGUUCAUCCAAAUAUUGUCUAGAUACCCCCCCCUUAAACACAGCUGUCAAACCUAUGAUUACCCUUGACAUAAACUCAGAGGUUUAUCAGAAUGAGUAGGAUGUAUCCUAUGGGGAACAUGACGUAGUUUUUCAGUGCAGUCCUCCCAAUAGGUUUCUAAUGAUUUUCUCAAAACCAUGAAUCUGUAUUUAACAAUAACAAUUGAGAAACUCCAGAGGGGUCACUAAAGUCAUGAGGUUUAUCUUCUGGAGACAACGCAUGUCAGGAAAUUUUGUCACCCUUUCCAUUAAAACCUUGCCCAUACUCUCAAAGAAUACCUGCUCAUACUCGGAUUUGCCUUGAGCAAAAAUCAAAGUAAAUUUUUGAGUUCACAGAAGCAACUUGAGGGUGGGCAGAAGGUCUGAAGGGUAUUGGAGAUCUUUGCAGUCUGGAGUGUAUCAGUACAAGCAGAGCAAUUUCGUGCACUAACCGAGUUUGCAUGGAAGCAUUACAAAAUCUGCAUGUGAAAAAAAUAUUUGAGUGAAGUGACCAAGCUGACUAAACACAGAUGAAAAUGAUUUCCCUGUGCAGGUGGUGGUGGUGCACAUAGAACCGGUUCCAGACCAACCACCUAAAGAGGUUCCUGGCUCCAGCCGCUGUCUUGUGGUCAAAGAAACAGAAGUGGUCCAUAUAACUCGACAACACCUUCACUUUGUAGACCAAGAGUCCCCGGACAGUGAGCUCAUGUAUACAGUCACCACUCCACCUUUCUACACCAGUCCGCAGAGGUAAACCUAUCCUCACCUGCAGAGAAAACCCAGAGUGGGAUCUCCACAGUAAAACUCCUCUGUCUGAAUUAUGUGUUUUUGUUUCUCAACGAGCAGUAGUCCAGACGCAGGGAGGUUGUUCUUGGUCGACAGCAUCCCUAAAUUUACCAAAGACCUUAAUGCACCUGUGCUGAGGUUAUUCACACAGGUAAGUCUUUUAGUUCUUAUUCAGUUACACAUCCGUCAACAAUAAAGUUUUACUUUGUUUGCUUUGUUUCCAGCAUGCAGUGAAUUUCAUGAAAGUCGCCUUCAUGCCUCCAAUCCUGGACAUCGGCCCGUACCCCCAGUAUAUCCAGUUUCUUCUGUCUGUAACAAACCACCUGGGCAAAACAGUGUCUGGGAUCUGUUUUAACAUCACUGUGAUGCCAGUGGACAACCAGCCUCCACAGGUGAGAAGAAACAGCCCUUUUUUCUCCAUUUUUCUGACUAGGACGUGUUAAUAUGAGAAAAAGCAUCAAAUAAGAAGAAUAAUUCUGUUUCCAGGUGAUCACAAACCUACUGACUGUAGAUGAAGGAGGAGAGUCCCGGCUCGGUCCUGAACACCUGCUGCUUUCAGACGUCGACUCCAUGGAGGAGAGCCUGCGGGUGGAGCUUCAGAGGGAGCCCCAGCAUGGAGCCUUGCAGCUGGGCAGCUCCCCACUACAACCAGGCCAGACCUUCACUGUGCAGGACCUGAGAAACCUUAAAGUUAGGUCAGACAUCUUACUUUGGCUAUUCGGUCUUUUGCAUAAUUUUUUUUACCUUAAAAAAACAAAUUCUAGGUAACUAGAUAAAUAGAUGACUCUCACUUUAUAAUCUUCAUCUUAAAAACUGGUAACUCUAGAUAUGCUUGGAGACUUUUGAGUGAUUAUUCAUCUCAACAGGUACACUCAUGACGGCUCAGAAACCGUAGAGGACAACAUACAUUUUUCAGCAUCAGACGGCACCAACUCUGUCAGUUUUGUCCUGCAAGUGAAGGUAAGUGUCUUAAAAUAAUUCAGAUUCACAAGGUUUAAUCAGGAAUUCAAGGUUUGGUCAGCUUCCCACUCCUGGUUACGGUGGCCCUGAGGUUCUGAAGCAAGAAAACUUCAUAAACACAAAGAAAUAUCACUUAAAAUUCAGGAACAUUUUAUGAUAAGCAAAAAAUAUUUCCUAAACCUCAAGGACAUUUCACAAAACAUGACAAUCUUUAUUGAGCACAGAACAAAUUCAUAUUAAGAAGUAUUUCAUAAAACACACACGUAAAUAUUCAGAAAUCAUGAAAAUGUGACAAAAAGAUAGGAGAUUUCACAAAUUUAAGAAUAUUUUUUGAACAAAAUAUCUCAAAAAAUGAAAAUUUCUCAUGCAUCAACAACACAUUUUGGCUCUAUAAGUAAUCUAAUGACACACAAAAUCCUUAAAGCUUUUUAUGUAAUGCAAGACUCAUCAAGCCCAAAAACUUUUCACACAGCCUGAAAAAUUAUAGGAACAACAAAAAUAUUUUAUGAUUUUUGGACAGUUUUUUAAAACAAAUUUUGGGUUUUAACUUUUUUUCAGUGUUUUAUUAAAUAUCUUGUUGUACUUUUGUAUGUUUUGAUAUAUUUUUUGCUUUUUCCAUAUAUUUUUAAAAUCUUCCAAUUUCCAUUUUUUUAGUUUGGUAAGAAAAAAUUCCAGUUUAUGUCAAGCCUUUUUUUCACUUUUGACAUAAUUUUGCAUUUAAUUAAAUAUUUCUCCAACUAAAUUUUUUGUCCUUUCUUAAUAUGUUGUGUUUCAUAGAUUAUUUUUGCCAUUUUUUUUUACUUUUUCAUUUAUUAAUUUUUGUGUUUUGUAGUUAGCUUUUUGUUUUUUGUUUUUUUCAGAUUUUUUGAUUGUUUUUAUAUCAAAAGAUCUGAAGUGUUUGUGCAUUUAUUUUUGGUUUCUUACGUUUUUUGUGAUUGCAUAUUGUUUGUGGAAUAUUUUUGCAGUUUUUUGUUAUGUAAACUUAUUUUGCAUUUCACGUAAUAUUUCUUUUGUUGUUUUUUUAUGUAUUUGAUAAUAUCUUGAAAUUUUAUUGUAGUCUGAAAUGGUUUUGUUUUGUUUUUUACUUGAAACAUUUUUGUGGUUUAUAUGAAAUGUAUUUAAAUUUAGUAAAACCUUUUUUGUGUUUGUGCAUUGCAGCUAUACCUGGUCCCUUUGAUACAAACAGAAAUUUCAAAUAAAACUGUCGAUUUAGUGACUUUAAUGCCAUAUUCAGGUGAUUCCCAUCAAUGACGAGGUCCCGGUGUUGGUUCCUGGUUUGAAACCGGUCCUCAGCUGCGCAGAGGGACAGGAAAUUAUCAUCACAGCUGAAUAUAUUUACGCUAUGGACGCUGACAGCGAUAACAGCAGUCUGGCCUUCCUAAUCGCCCGGCAGCCCUAUCAUGGCGUGGUCCUCCGAAAUGGCGUCAUCGUCGACCGUUUUAUCCAGGCUGAUAUAACAGCAGGGAUCAUUUCCUACAAACACACAGGUGAGCAAAGACGCAAAGAUCAUUGAAAUUUCUGCUGAACACCUAAGAGUUUGACCUUGUAUUUGUGGAAUAAAUCUGUUUCUAAAAGUACCUCAUCGUUUUUUCAGGUCUGGAGGUCGGACUCACUCCUCGCCAUGAUACUGUCACGUUUGUGAUUUCCGAUGGAGAUACAGGAAAUCCUGGUCUUUGCUGUAUUGAUGGAAAUCCCUCCAAGACCAGAGGAAAGACUCAACUACGAGACAGUCUACCUGUUUACGACCUCAAGAUCACUGUGUUUCCUGUCGACAGCCAACCACCCUCACUCACAGCAGGUGGGCCAUUUCUGAGUUAAGUUAGUAACACCUUCAUGGUCUUUAUCCUGCACAGAUUUAGACCCACAGGUGUGUUUUUGAACCUUUACUUAACCAGAUCAUAACCUGUUCAGAUCAGGAUCUCUCAUUGGCGCUGUUUGACUUUACUCGGUUGACUCAUCUAUCGCUCUGUUUUCUUUUGACGACCGUCAGGAGACCUUUUCACCGUGGAUGAGGGAGGAUCUGCUCCCAUAACCACAUCCCAUCUGAAAGCCUCUGACGUGGACACAGUCCUGGACGAGCUGGUGGUCAGUCUGAUCUCUCCGCCACAGUUUGGAUACAUUGAAAACGUCCUGCCCAGUCCUGGCUUUGAGAAGAGCAACACGGGCAUCAGCAUAGGUAAACUUCAGCAGCAUCAUGAGCAGGACGACGGGUGAUGUGUGAAACUGUAUUUUAUUAUCGAUUUGUGCUGUAUUGUUAUGUUUCAUAUUAAACUGUAACAUCUUGUUUCGUAUUGUGUCAUGUUGUACUGUAUUGCAUUUUAUCAUGUUGUGUCGUUUGACCUCUUUUUUUCCUCAGCUUCUUUCUUGUACAAAGACAUCAUGGACGGUCAUGUGAAUUACGUGCAGUCCAGACACCAGAGGAUGGAGCCCACAGCAGACGUGUUCAUGCUUUGUGUGUCCGAUGGCAAACACAGCUCUGCCCACGUCCCCUUUUACAUCAUCAUUAACCCCACAAACGAUGAGAUCCCGGAGUUUGAGGCUCGCAACAUCACAGUAAGCUUUUAUAUCUACUAAAUAUCUACUAAACACAAGAGGACACAGUAGAUUUGGUUUUGUCAGUAUUUACCAGCUUCUCUCUGUGUGGAGGUUCAAGAGGGAGAAAUGAGGCAGCUGGAUUCGUCAGUGUUGCGUGCGAUGGAUCUGGAUGUCCCCCAAAAUGUCCUGCUCUUCAGUGUGGUCAAACCUCCUCAGUAUGGCAGCAUCAUCAGCCACAGCAGAGUGAAGACGGGGUACAAGAGACGGGAGUCCGGUCCUCCAGUCGCUGUGGUGGACUUCACAAUGACAGAUCUGAUAAAUGGUAUUUUUUACAUGUCAGGGUAUUUCUGCACUUGGGUCAUGUGUUAUUUCUUAACUUGAAAUGGAUAAAUUUUUAGUCAUUUAUACACUUCUUAAGGUCUCUGAGGAAACACUGUCAAGGGGAAUGACACUUAGUACUAGACAUGAAAAAGUGAAAACAAACUUAUAUUUGCUUUUACUGUCAGAAUAAAUUCUGGGGUGGCACAGUGGUGUAGUGGUUAGCACUGUCGCCUCACAGCAAAAAGGUCCUGGGUUCGAAUCUGGGUCAGGGCGUUUCUGUGUGGAGUAUGCAUGUUCUCCCUGUGUCUGUGUGGGUUUACUUCGAGUACUCCACUUUCCUCCCACAUCCCAAAAACAUGCAGAAAUGGGGUUAGGUUAAUUGGCCACUUUCAAAUUGCCCAUAGGUGUGAAUGUGGGUGUGGAUGGUUGUUCUUCUCUAUAUGUCAGCUAUAUGUCUCUAUAUGAACUGGCGACUUGUCCAGGGUGUACUCUGCCUUCGCCCGAUGAUGCUGGGAUUGGUGACUCCAGCCCCCCUGCGACCUCAAACGGGAGUAAGCGUUAGAAAAUGGAUGGAUGGAUUGAUGUCAGAAUAAAUCAUAGUUUCAAAAGUUGUACACAAUUUAAAAGACAGAUUGUUUAUGAGGAGUAAAUGUAAAAAGCAGAAUGUCAGUGCCUAUCUGAAAUAUGCAUUCCUUCCUGUAGCCAGCAGGGGGCAACCUUACUAUUUGCAAAAACGUGUCCAUUUAUGUGCAGAUUUCUGACAAAUAAGCCUCACUUUGUGUUUCGCUCAUGAGUUUGUGGUUUUUACCCCUAGUUUGAACCCUUAAUGACAGAGGAAGCAAAGAAAGGAAGGACAGGAGGAAGAGUCGUGCUUUUAGAGUCUUAUUCUGCGACUUUAACUUGCAACAUUUUUACAAAAGAACUUUUAUCAACUUUUUCGCUCAGGUAUGGAUCUGAUGUACAUGCAUGACGACUCUGAGAACAUGGACGACAGUUUCACCGUCCAGCUAACAGACGGCAGACAUCAGCUCCACAAACAGGUGAUGGUUAAAGUCCUGCCAGUCAACGACGAGGAACCGAGAGUGAUCAGGUAAAAUCAUUAUACUCACCAUAUACAGUGAGCCAUGUGACAUAUAGAGACAACUUUCUUCUUCUUUGUCCUUUGUUUUUUAGGAAUAAUGGGCUGGAGGUGGAGCCCGGAGAGGCCCGGCUGGUGUCCAGUGUUGUUCUGUUUGCAGAGGACAGAGACAGUCCAGGUUCAGAGGUCAUGUACAUGUUUGAGAGCGUCCCUGCACAAGGAUUACUGCAGCUGAAGGUCAGUGAAGGGCUGAAACUACGAGUUUAGAUUUGUUGUCUGCAGACAGUUACUGAAAAAAACUGUUUGAUUAAGAAUAAUAUAAAAUAAGAAGGUGGUCAUGCUAAUUACACUCCUGAUAGGGUGAGCAGGGGCCUGAUGUAAAGGUGGGUGGAGAGCCUUACAUCGGGUAUGAAACACUGUUCCUGAUUUUGUCUCAGGAAGGUCAGGACUGGGUGACCCUGACAGCGGGGAGAAACUGCACUCAGGAGAUGGUGGACAUGAACCUGCUGCGUUACACACACACCGGCCUGCACGGAGCGAACAUACAGGACUUCUUUGUUUUCUACCUGUUUGACGGGAAGAAUCGAUCACCUCCGCAACACUUUCACAUCUCCGUCAAAGAUCUGGAAAAAGGUACUGGAAUGUCAGGGUUUAAGACCAAUUUCAUCCUGAUGUGACUCCAGUCUAACUUCUCCUCCAUGUUUCGUCAGGGAACAUUGCCAUCUUUGUAAAGCCGGUGAGUGUGAACCGUGGGGAUCGGGUCGUUCUCACCACAGACGCUCUGUUAGCCACAGACGGCACCAACAAACCAGAGGAGCUUCUGUACGUCAUCACUCACCCUCCUGCUCACGGACACAUUGAGUACAUCAAACACCCUGGGCUGACCAUCUCAACCUUCAGCCAGAUGGACAUCGCAGCAAAUCUGGUGGCUUAUGUUCACGACAACAGAGCGAGCGCUUCCACAGAGACAUUUCAGUGAGUGUGGGAAGCAGUUUAAACUCUCUCUGUCAGUGUUCCUCCUGCAGGUUUAAAAAAAUGGAGCAGAACUGUGGCGAUCAGGGCUGGUGUUUGUACAUUUGGUGGUUUUUGCACUCAAGCUCAAAGAGAACAGUUUACCUGGUGGAUCUUAAAUGGACAUAACAGCCUCAGCUGUUCAUUUUGUCCCAACGGAUAACCAUCAUGUGUGUGAUUACUCUCCAAAUGUUUAGGAUUAAAUUCUUCUAAUAGUCAUUAAAAAUAGUCAUAAAACUGGUUUCUCUGGUUGAAAAGGUCUUCAUGUGAGCUGUUUCGAACCUCAGUAGGUUUCAAAUGUCUCAUCUGGAAGCUGAAGGAAAAAUUUCACGUUUAAUCCACAGUCUUUUGUGUGUUUCUGCAGGUUUGUGGUGAGUAACGGUAAGACCAGCAGGAAUGGGACCUUUGACGUCACAGUGGAGAUGGUGGACCGCGUCCUGCCGUCCUUGACCUCAAACACAGGCCUCUCAGUCCCACAAGGGUCCUCCAUGAUCAUUAGUCCAGACUGCCUGACUUUAUCCGACCCUGACACUCCUCCAAGAGACCUGGUCUUCCUCCUCCUGCAUCCUCCUCAGUAUGGCAGCCUGAUUUCAGGAGGAAGACUCCUGACUGCUGGAUCAAACUUCACCCAGAGAGACUUAAAAGAGCUGGAGGUGACGUACAAACAUGAUGGAGGGCCGUCACUGAUCGACAGAUUCGCCUUUUCUGCCUCCGACAGCAGCAAACGAGGCUUCCUGCUCGAGGAGCGGUUACAAACAACACCUGUCUACUUCACCAUCCAGGUGGGAAAGUUAAUUUUUAUAUUAGUUCACAGGAUUUGUGGUGGAGUUUAAAAUCUGACACAUCAGCUGGUAGAAAUGACCAAGAAUAUGAGUGCUCCAGCUGUAAAAGAUGAUCAAUCUUAUGACCAGUGCAACAACAGCUGUAACCUGAUCUACCUUUUCAGGCAGCCCCUCACUGCAUCAAAACCCCAAGAGUCUGAACAUCCUUUGGCUCAUAUCUAGGGCAUUUGUGUUGAAAUACUUUACAUCAGGACAAAUACUGAUGAAAUGGUUUUUCCAUACAAUAUAUGUUAAAUUUUACAUACACACUAAAUGAAAAAUACUAAUAUCCUCUCAUGUCUUGAAAUGCAUAGACUCAGUAUUUGGCUGCAGUAUUACCAAAUCAGCGACAUAUUAUCACUCUUUAUCCCUACAGCUUAAAAAUACUGAGUAGACAUCAGAAAUGUGAGGGGUGUGGAGUCAAAACGCUCCAUUGAUCACAUUCAAAAUACCUUAUACAGAUUUCAUCAUAUAUAAGUCGGAACUCAAAAAAUCAGCGGGGCUCAGGGGGCGGAGCUUGGAUUUGCUACAUAGGAAAUCUCACUGUGUCUGAAUCUGCUGUUUGGGUCUGCCAGAGAUUCACAGUGGUUUGAAUGCAGAAAUACUUAGAAAAUGUAAUUUCGCACUUCGUUUUCUCAUGAUAUGUCCUGCAGCAUCAGAAAAAUGCUGUAUAAACAUGUAGACAACAAGAAAAACAUGAUUUUCAUCGGAAUGGGUCUUGAAAUUUUGCAUUUAUGCUUUUAUUUUGAAAUUUUCUACUUCUUGUACAUCAUGACUCACUGACAUAAAUGAAAACAAGUUAGAAGAACGAUUUGAAAGUAUAAAUAUUUGGUUGAUUAGUCCUAACCCUUACCUGAAGAAAUAAAAUCUUUGACUAUCAGUCUUCAAAAGCACUCAACCAUCUCUCAGAGGGCUGCUACAGCUAGCUUCCACGCAGCUGCUGCUUCUUCUUCGUCCCUCCUUCAUUUUAUGACAUGUGGCAAUCAGCGUAAAGGACAGCUACUUUGAACUCAUGGCAGAUUUUUUGGCAUCCAAAAAAUGUUUAAUUUCUUUAAAGAGACAGCUGUCAUCAUCAGUACUAUAUAUUACAGCAGCCCUCAGUGUUAGCAGCAUCACAGCUCUCAUACAUAGAGGUUAGUUUGUUUCUCUGUGUUCAAUGGGAGGCUGCAUUCAAGUGAAUUCAGAUAACCAUUAGUUUAAUCCUGGACCACUGGUAAUGAAAGCAUGAUGUGAUAUGGCUGUUGUAAUGAUUUAGAAAGAUAUGUGAAUACCUAUCUGUUAAGAAAACCCUCUAUUUGUUUCCAGAUCAAGCCUCUGGAUAAGUCAUCUCCUGAGGUUGUGAAGCUACUUCCUCUUUGGAAAGCCGAGCUUUUGGAUGACGGACGUUAUGGGAUCUUUUUGUCCUCUCAUGAGCUGAAGGCUGAGGACAGAGACAGCAAAGACGAGGAGCUGAUUAUCUGCAUCAUCCGGCAGCCGUACUUUGGUUAUUUAGAGAACAUUACCACAGGUUAGUCGAGGAAUACAUUUAGUUUGUUUAAAAUUAGGCAUAAAAAGCCUUACUUGGGUCAAGAUGAGUCUUUCUGUCUGUCUGUUGUAGGUGGUUUUGUUCCGCAGCGCUUCCCUCAGACGGAGCUGAAUAAAAGAUCGAUUGUCUACAUCAUCAACCCUGACAGACAGUCUCUGUCAGACAGUCUGGAGUUCUCCGUUUCUGAUCCUUUAGGGAACAGUGGACCCUCUCAUGUGUAAGAAAAGACACUGAAACACAGAUUUUUUAAAGAAUGUAUUGAUUCAAAUCCUCACCGAGCUAAACUUUCUCUUUGCAGACUUGAGGUCAGCUGGUCUACAGUGGAGCUGUCUCAAUCUCAUUACUCUGUGUGUGAGGAUCGAAGGACCGUCUCCCUGGAAAUCAACAGAAAAGGGAACUUAGCAGAGUCUUCAUAUGUCACUGUCAAGGUCUGCACCAAGUUUGUUUUCGUAUUGACACUUUAAGAGGGUAUAUGGCCCUGAAUUAAGAUGGAGGGGCAAAAAAGUUUAGACAACAAGGACAAAAUAAGACACUUUUGGACCAUAAACAUCUGCUUAAUCUCAAUCCUAUUGCCCCAGACUUUAAUCACAAAAACAAUGGCGUUACCCAGAAGAUCAUGGGUAAAGCUGGUUUUUAAUUCUACUAAUUACAUAAAAAAAAAAAAAACAGGAAUAUCCCUUAAUAUUCUUUGUAAGUUAAUUUAACUUGAAUGCUCUUUUGUUCCACUUUUGACACAAAUAUCUAAUGUUUUUUUGUCAGGUAAAGGAGAUGACAGCCACAGCUGGUAAAGAUUUCCUCAUCGGUUCGUCUUCCCUCAUCCAGUUUGACCCAGGUAUUUGCUCAGAAAUAGAGAACAUAUUGUAGUAUACGUACACACGUAUACUGUAUAUAUACUGUAAAAAGUGAUUUGCUCUUUAAGUUAUAUUUGAUGAUAUGUCUCUGUUCUGAGAACUCCCUGCUUUUCCAUGCUCCCCACAUGGCAGGGAGAGAACAUAUCUCCAACCUUUGCAUACAUGAAAAGCCAAGGCAGGGAGAGCAGCAGCAAAGAACUCUGGGAAAAAGCUUUCUGUCUUUCUAAGUGUUGAAGUGUACAUAUGACAGUGUUAAAGCCAGACUUAGCAGAAAAAGGAGGAGCAGGGUUUGAACGAGUAUUUUGAUUUACUAACUGAAUGUGUAGACAGCGCUGUUAAUAAUAUCAAAGAGUGCAUAUGAGACCUGCGUCAGCUCUGUGAUGUUUCUGUGUUUGUAGGAGUGUCAAAGAGGAUCUGGCAGACUGAGGUCAUUCAGGAUCAGCUGGAGGAGUUUGAGGAGAAGUUUGAGGUGCUGCUGGUCUCUCCUGAAGGAACUGUGAUUGGACAGACUGACCAGGCUCAGGUCACCAUCAGGGACUCAGGUAGACAUACAGACCAUAAAUAUGUGCACUUUACGACCUUAUGGAUAACAGGGUCACACUACGUUAAAAAAAAAUCCUAGUUCCCUGGGAAACUUUCUUUCUUUCUUUCUUUCUUUCUUUCUUUCUUUCUUUCUUUCUUUCUUUCUUUCUUUCUUUCUUUCUUUCUUCAAACUUUCUUUCUUUCUUUCUUUCUUUCUUUCUUUCUUUCUUUCUUUCUUUCUUUCUUUCUUUUAUCAUUUUUCUUGCUCUUUUCUUUCUUUCCUUCUCUUUCUUACUUUUUUCUUUCUCUAUUUCUUUCUUUUUUAUUUUACCUUUCUGUAUUUUUUUUAUCUUUUUUCUUUUUCCUUUCUUUCUCUAUUUCUGUCUGUCUUUUUUCUUUUCCUACCUUCUUUCUUUUUGUAUUUCUUUCUUUCUGUAUUUCUUUCUUUCUGUUUUUCUUUCCUUUUCUUUCUUUUCUUUUUUUCUUUCUUUCUUUCUUUCUUUCUUUCUUUCUUUCUUUCUUUCUUUCUUUCUUUCUUUCUUUCAAUCUUCCUUUUGCUUUCUUUCUUUAUUUCUUACUCUUUCUUUCUUUCAAUCUUCCUAUUUCUUUCUUUCUUUCUUUCUUUCUUUCUUACUGUUUCUUUCUCUUUCUUUCAAUCUUCCUUUUGCUUUCUUUAUUUCUUACUCUUCCUUUCUUUCUUUCUAAUUUUUUUUUUUAUUAUUUCUUUGUCUUUCUUAGUUUUUCUUCAUUUAUCUCAAACUUUAAGGACAAAAAAAGAAUUAAAAAAACAAAACAUCGAGCAAAACGUAUACAUAUGUACACCAAACAACUGUACAUGUCAAAGAUAAAUUUGUCAUAUGUAUGUCAAAAACAGACAGUUUGAGAAGGAACAGAAUGAAGCAAAGCAUUUGUGUAGUCCUGCCUCUCCCUCAAAUAGCUGACAACUUUUUUCCUUCUCGUCAUCACAGGUCAGUGCAGACUGAACCAGAAUCGUGAGGCUCCAGUUCUUGGAGGCAAAGAGGUUCGAUCUGACAAAUACCCUCCACAUGGAUCCAUCCAUCUGGAGAAACUGCCGCUCGGCACAGAGUCAGUCGUCUGGAGUCGAGGAGACAGCAUCCCCAAACCUUCAACAGACGUUACAAAGAAGAAACUGAAAGUUAGGGGCAAUCCAAAAACUGUGAGUGUCUCCUCUGACACACCUGUAAGGUUUGGACCUUUUUUUAAAGAUUAAUUUAAACCACUGCUGUGUUUUGUCACAGAUUGCACCGUCAUCAGUCUUCCACAAUGGUACGGAUGUUGUUUACACGGUAAGCAGCAGCUGAUACAAACCUGAGGUCACCUCUAGACUUUUGGAGAAACGUGCAAAAAUAAACAGUUUGUUUCAUCACAGUAUCAUGGGAUCAUGCAAAUGCAAGUGGAAGAUGAGACCUCCCCAUCAAGGACGGGCAGGAGAGCAAACAUCCGUGUGGUCAGCAGAGGAGCUCCUCAAAAUAAGAUCUCACAACCUCAAAGAAGUGGACCAACUCGAGCACACGUGAGAGCAAAAGUCCUUUAUUGUUUCUGCUUUCUGGAAACUUCACUAAAAGGUAGAGCAGUAUAUUCAACUCUCUUCAGUUUUGUGAUCAGAGCUGCACAGAGGUCUUGGAAAAUCAGGCUGAAAAUCAGGCUAAGCCUCAUGUUGUGGUCACAGUUGCCAAUUCCUAAUAAAAAAAAUCAACCUUUCGAUCUUUAAUGUGCUUUCCACUGACUGAAAGAGCCUUAAAAAUGACUUAUUAAUGGAUUAACUCUCAAAUACAAACAGCAGAGUAUGCCAGGUAAAACCACACUAAGGUGAUUUCAUUGAUUUGUUUGGCUCUUAGACUUCAUCCGAUAACUCUGUGCCCAAGCCCUGUGUGCCAGAGCUGAUGGGACUCCUGCAUUUCAACCAAACCACCAACCAGCUUUUCCACUGCAACGGCGUCAACUGGAAACCCUGGGCCCCAACUGAUCAGGUACGACAGCCUGAGAAGACCUGCAAUAGAAAGCAUGCAAUAGCUUCUCUGUGUGGAGGAAAAUCUGUUAAUACAACGCUGCAGCUGAAAGAUUUAAUCAGAGUCAACAACAACAACAAAAAAGAGUCAGACAAGACUUUUCACACAUGCACAGCACCAGAGCAACCUGACCAUUCCACAGCGGGGCGCCAAAUUCAACCCAAUCUGAUUUCUCACAGAGCUCAGUCAACACCUCUGUUUAUCACCCUCUGAAGGAAUUCUGUGCUGAUUCACUCAUGAUAAAAGUCUGAUUGUCUGCCCUUUUUCCUCCUGAAAAUCAGAUGGUUGGUGCCCAGAGGUGUCCUCAGGGUUGGACCUUUCAUGGCGGUCGCUGUUACAUCCUCGGCAGUGAGCACAAAGUCACAUGGAGCACAGCAAACAGAGCCUGCAGGGAGAGGUACGCUGUCACAUGGAGAAAAAAAAACUCCAGGAUAAUUUCAGACUGAGAACCUGGCUAUGCAUGCUUCUAAUUAGUCAUGUUUAAAAUUCAUGUAAUCUGAAUUAUCCCAAUCUAAAUUCUCCUUCAGAGGACAUAACUCAGCUUGUCUUUGUGAUUUUAGAUAUAAAGGAACUUUAGCAAGCGUUCAAUCUAAAGCUGACAUGGACUGGAUGUGGGACUUCAGUGGAAGAAAACCAUUUUGGAUUGGUGAGUGGCUCUGAAACUUUUCUCACAUUACUGCUCUGAUAUGUUGUAUAAACAUAAUGUCAGGAUUUCAGUCUUCACAACCAAGGUUUUCCAGAAGGAAAAUAAACAAAAAAUAAUAAUCAGUGUUUAUCCACAAAAAAAAAGGACAUGAGCAGAAGUGUGGAGCUGAUCCAAAAGAGCACACAGAAUAAAAACAGACUCAUCCCAUGUUAUAACAGACAAGUCAUGAAUGCAUUAAAGGUUCAAGAAACUCAAAGACCAAGCUCUUUAAUUUUGUACCCCAAAAAGACUAGAAUUAAUCAAACUUGUUUGCUGAAUUUGCUGUAAGACACCCAUAAAUUUCCUCUGAUCUCUUGGGGGGUCUUUCUGUGCAGAUGACAGCACAAAAAACUUUUUACUUGUCCUCAGAAAUGCAAACAACUGCAGUUCCUGAAACAGCCACUUGAGGCAGAUAAGUCCCACUUGUAAGUGUCAAACUUAACAGCAAGCUUGUGUAAAGCCUGGUACCUGAAUGCUUUUGGUCUCUAUUAGGGAUGUGCAUUUCAAGCAAAUGUACUAUCCGAUAAUCGCGGGGUAAUAAUCGAUUAUUGAUCGAAUAUUCGUCCCCCCCGCACACACACACCAGCGGGAAAGACAGAAAGAGAUCUGCGAUUAUCAUAACUCUGUAUUUUUAUUUUGACAGUGAUGCAAUUCACAGUACAACAUUAUAGAACUGUUCCACUGUUUAACCUCAUUACGCACACAGGAUAUAAUUAUCAACUGUGCCGCCCCCUCUAUAAACCAUAGGACAAAGUGAUUCUCUUCCACAGGACAGCUGGAAUCAUCCUGACAUAUUCAGACUCAGCGAUGUAGUUUCACUGUCCAGGCAUAACAAAAGUUAACAAAACCAUUUGCCAAAGGCACAGCCGAACGCACGUCUUUCUCACAUGCAGUACAAUUAAAAUACAGCCUACAGCCAAUAUAGCCUAGUUUACACUGUACCUCUGCCUCACUUGUUUGCUAGAAUAGCUCCACACAGAACUUUUAGACAGCUGAAGUAAUCUCUCCAUUGUGUUUAUUUCUUCUUCUAUGGUGGCAUCUUGCCCGCCACACUGUGUAUCAUGCAAAAACUGCCCCCUUACGGACGGUGCCAGUAAAACAACUUUUUUUUUUUUUCCAGAUAUGAUUAACUAUUUGACUUUUUAGGAUUUAAUGACUAUUCAAAUAUUCAAAAAUCAUUGCACAUCCAUAGUCUCUAUUCUUAUCUCUUUACAGCUGCAGGAAAGAUGAAGAUUUUUAACUCGUGUUUUGAUUGCUUUCAGUGUAGAAGUCAUGCUCAGUUAGUCAUUGAGGGUGUCUUGGCCAUUUGCUAGGCUAGCGUCACCUCUCUGACUGUGUCUAGCUUAGCCAAAUGUUAGCUGGAGUCUGGAUGUCCAAUAUGGCGACUGUUAGUGUUGGAUUUUAUAACACCUCUGGAUAGCGUCAGUAAGAAAUUGUUUUUGAAAAAAGUCUGCGUGUCCUUUGGCUUGCUUUUGCAGCCUAGGAGGUCACUGUUUGUGGUCUCUGUUUUUUGAGUGUCACCAAGCUGAUGCUAGAUUUGCAAAGAAUAUCUUGCGUUAUCUGCGACCUGCUCUUAGACUGUCUUCUAUUAAAACUAUUUUGCCAUUUUUCAAUUUGGCCUCAUUCUUCUUCUCGCUGUCUAAGGCCUUAAUGACAGGGAAGGCCGAGGACGCUGGGAGUGGGCAGAUGGCGAGCUGGUCAGCUACACCAACUGGAGGAAGACCCCGCCUCGCUCGAAGAUGAAGGGAAACAAAAAGUGCGUUCUGGUUUGGAAGAGAGCAAAAUGGCAAAUCAGAGACUGCAGGACGAGCAGAGGUCAUCGCUUUGUUUGUUCAGUGAAGACAUGAAAAAUUAUAAAGCAUCACAGCCGAGACCCACUGGAAGAGGAAGGACUGAUCCUCAGGACAUUUUUACUGUAAAACCUUCUCGAAAAGGAACUUUUGGAACUCAGCUGGAACUGUUUAUAUCAUUUUUAAUGAAUUUAUAACAUGACUUUUAUACUGUCUAUGGAGCUAAAUACUAUGUGACACAGUUUACACAUUUAUUUAAACGUUUACUCGAAACACUGAAAGUAUUAUUGUAUGUAGAGCUCACAAGGUUUACUUUAGAGUCUAUUUAAGGGUUCAGCCCCUAAAACUGGACAGUUUGACAAGACCUGGAGUUGACAUUUCUCAGAUCCAUUUCUGCACUUUGUUUUUUUUUUCUGGACACAAGAAAUGCAGAGAAAUGCAACAGCAGCAUAAACUUGAAAAAGUCUAAGAAUGACUUUUUUUAAUGUCAUCUGUUUUAAUAGGAGUUCUGCCUUCCAUGUAGAGCUCCCCUUCUCUUAAUAAACAAACACACUGGUGGUUAAAGCUGGUGGGAAAUCCGAAUAAAGCAGUUUUGUCUUCAAGAGCUUUUCAGGCACAUUUUUGUAGACACAUGGUUUUAAAAUGGGCUGUGAGCUGAGCUGCUGCUAGCUUUUUUUUAGGUGAGUAUUCCUGCUGUUUCUUUACAACAGGAGCAGAAUUAUCUUUGGUGUAUAAAGUGGAUCCACUUUAAAAUCUGUAUUUCUCUCAGCCUUUUGCAGUACAUGGGGCUGUGAGCUGAGCUGCUGCUUGCUCUAGCCCUAUUGCUGAAUUUGAUUGUGCAUAAGCUUAAAUAAUAAAACAUGACUCUGCCUGAACUUUAGACAGUUAAUUAAAAAUAUGGUUAGCUACUGCCAACUGUAUCCCACUAACACACAAUAAAAGUAAACACAUGUAAGUGGAAUACACAUCAAUUGGGGACUGUGAGCAGUUGAUAGUUUAAAGUCCUUUAUUACUUCAAGAGAAUUGAAACUGUGACAAGAUAGUUCGCUCUUUACCUAUUCAAAAAUAGAUUAAAGCUAAAGCUCAUCAAGGAAUAGCAGUUUUUUUACAAAAUCUCUGUUACUCUGGUGCUUUUUUGCAGAUCUUUGGGGGCUGUGAGCUGAGCUGCUGCCAACAUUCGAUUUAUUGUCUUUAAUUAUAAGGCUGAACCUACUGGUCUUGACUGUAAACACACGUAAAGUAGUUGAUUUGAGCACAGAGCAAACACCCCAAAUUCUCAGUGUUUGCAUCAAUAUUUGCUGAUAUUGUCCUCUGUUGGCAGUUUCCUAUGAGUCAUGCAACUUCCUGCAUUCCAGUCCUGUUUAUUUCAUUUUUUAAAAUUUGUGCCUAAUCUGAUUAGCUUAAAUUUAACAAUCAGAACUGUUGAAGAGAUGCUCUGUUUGUUUUCCAAGUCAGGGAGCAAAAUAUGAUUAAAAAGAUGAUUUGUUUACCGUCGACUGGACUACAAGGGGGAAAGAGGAGGUAAAAGCACAGACGGAGGUGCUGUUUCUGGAGAGGAAUGGGAGGGGAAACGGAGAGCAGGCUGUUAAAAAGGUUCAUCCAGCCCCCAAUAAAAGACCUGUUUUUGUUUUGUUUGGGCUCAUGCAUAUAAAGGAAUCUUAACCUCUUAUUAUCCUGAAUUCCCAAAAAGAAAACUAUUUAAUUUUGUGCACAAGAGGUCAGACUGUGAACAUAAUGUAAUUCUCUUAUCUUGUUCAAACACUCAAAAUGUAAUUAUUUGCUCGGAACAAGUGAUCUUAUGCAAACAAGAUGAUGACUUAUGCACACAGGAUAAUUAGGUUUUGUGUACAAGAUGGUUAAGCUGUUUUCACAGUAUUACAACUUGAGAAUGAAUGAUAACUGAUGUGUUCCCAUCAGAAGUUAACAAAUUCACUCAAGAUAAUCUGCUCCCAGAAUUCAGUUGAAGAACAAGAUAAUCAUUUUAUGGCAUCAGUAUAACUUGUUCGCACAAGAUAAGGCAAUCAACUCCCUUCCACAAGAAUAAUACUUAAUAAUUAGAUCAUGGGUCCAAGACAAAAAAAUAUGUUUAACUGGAUCAUUAAAUUUUCAGAACAAACAAUCAUCUUGCUUUGGAUAGAUAAAAUCUUACACACAAGAUUGAUAUGAUAAUUAUGUUGUGCACCACAAGACCAUUAUUUUGUCCCAUGAUAGCUUAUAACAGUUUAAUGAUCUUGUAGAAAUGAGAAAUACUUGUGUAUACAUGAUUAUUAAAUUGUACCUACAGGAUUAUCAUUUUGUUCCUACAUGGUAACUUACAUGAAAUUUAAUUGUGAGAACAAGAUUACUACUUGUGCGCACUAGAUAAUGACUCGUUACCACAAGAUAUUAAAUUGUUUCCACAAGAUAAAAGCUUGUCACUGCAAAAAAAAAGGUAACUGGUGUGAGCACAGUAACUUGCAUACAAGAUUAUUAUUUGUCCCCACAUGAUAAUGAUACUGUGUGAACACAAGAUCAUUAUCUUGUUCCUGUGAGAAUUUAUGACAGCUUAUUUUGCUUGAAUCAGAAUCGCCUGUGACAACAAGAUAAUAGCUUGCACACAAGAUUUUAUGUGUUCUACUUAAAUACUUGUUCACCUAAAUCAUUGUAUCAGAAAAAUUAUCUUAUGAGAACAAGAUUAUGACUGUGAAAACAACUGAAUUAUCAAAUGUGCAAAAUACAGCUAUUUGAAGGAACUUUGUAUUAUCUUAUCAGAUCAGUUUUUGUGUGAGUACAGAGGCUAUUAUCUUGUUGUAACAAUUUGUUAUCUUGUACACACACAAAUUAAGAUCUGACAAGAUAAUAAAAAGUUCCUCUGGGACGGUUUGAUUUUGCACAUUUGAUAAUCAAGUUGUUGUCACAGGAUUUAAACACAUGCACACUGCAAAGUCAUAUAAGAUGUCAUAUAAUGAAUGCACGAGUUGUUUUCACAUGCACACAGGGUUGAUUUGUCGUGCACAGAAUAAAACACAUUAAGAUAUAAAUCAGUUCUCAGAUGAUAAAAUCAUCACCAGUUUGCAGAUUUUUACAGUCACGGGAUCAAUCAUCAGAGAUCCUAUAUUUUCUUUCAAAGCCAAGAAAUUGAAUUUUGAUAAAGUCUGAUCCAUGACGUGAUAUUAUCUGAGUGUCUUUGUAAAAAUAUGGGCCUCUUAUCACAAUCUUAAUGUGCCUUUAUUAUAUGACUUAUAUGAAAUAUAGGUAAGUAUAGACGUGUCCUCUCUGCCUUGUGUAAGGCUCUGUUGUUGUUGUUGUUGUCCUCCCUCUGUAUGAGAAUCCUGCUGUUAUGGAGAUCUGGGCCAGUGGGUCCUGCGAACCACAAGGUUAAGCGCCAACGUGAUUAUCCCCAUCAUGUGAUCUACAGACCGGCCAUGAAAGAGAGCUUUUUAUAUGAGCUGUAAGAACUCCUCAGAGGUUUGCAUGAAUUCAAAAGGAUACUGGAGAUCUUCUUCAGCUCGGUAAGUCCUCUUCGUACCGACCACAGAGAUCUGUCUGUCGUGAGUGUGAGCUGAGUCUGAGAUUGAGUUUGUUUCAAAAAUCAGCCUGACUCUUAUCAUGUCCUGUAUCAGUUAAUCAGAGAUGAAUGAAGAUUUUUUACAGCUUUAAUUUUUGAAAACUUUGAAGAAACUGUUCAGAGAUUUUUCUGAACAUGACUAAACUAUAAGGAAAGAUUUUAAAGUUAAAGGACAGUCACACGUUUCCUGAUGUUUCACCCCCAGUCAUGAAGAAAAUGGAGUCUUUUUCUGUGAGCUAACAUGCUAAGUGCAUCAGCAGCUGCUUAUUAAACUUCAGUGUAUCUUCUCCAGGAAAACAGAGACUGUCUGAAAUCACUCUAUCUGUCUAUUCUUAGCUCUUCACACACAGCGCAGCCCUGUUUUUGAACAAUAUUCACCUUUGUGUGAGUGUUUCUCCCAAAGCAAGUCACUCUGCUGCGCUGACUGUAAGGAGCUUUUAUUUGUCUGCUGUUUUACUGAAAGGAUUGUUAUUUCUACCCUUAUAUUUUUGCACAUUUUGCCCUUAAUGUGAGGUAACCGUGUCAGCUUGUUAACUAUUAUAUUCUGCUGUCAAUUUUCCGUCCCUGGGAAAGUGUCCUUAAAAAGAGCCAGAUGACUUUUUAAGUCACAUUGUGUUGCAGUGUUUUAGCUAAUCUUUGCAUAUAGUGAAUGUUUAAUGAAAUAUUUUGGUGAAUGAGCACAGUUAGUAGCUGUUUGAGGGUGAAAGAUGCAGACUGGUAUGGAUAUCAUGCCUGUUUUAGGACUGGGGUACAAUGCUGGAGUCAGAUCAGGCAUGAAGACUGAGCUAAAGUUAAGAAAAGAUCUCUAUAAGGAAGUUUCAGAGCCACAAUAAACAGUAGAAAUAUCUAAAACUUUGGUAAUAAUAGGAGAUAAAAGCAUACAAUUACUGGGAAAUUGUUGAAACAAAAUGAAGAGAUAGUCUUAAGAAAAAAAAGUUGAAAUACCACAAGACAAAAAGUCCCAAUGUUAGACUCCAACUGUGUGCUUUUAUGGGGAAUAUAAGAAAAGCAGAGACUACUGUGCUGUCGUUUUUAUGAAUGACUGAAGACUUCAUCUUUGUCAGUACCACAUAGUCUUAAGUAUUGGGACUCAAAGACGGAUGGUCUGGGAUGGUGAUUCUCAACCGUCAGGGUUAUGAGAUAGUUUAUGGGAGAAGGUUGUGGACAGUGACACACUUCAGAGGUUUUUAUAUCAAGCACUUUUCCUGAUUACUUUCACAUAAUAAUUUUAAAAUAAGGUGGUUAACAAUAAGCAACCCACAGGCUUUUCAGGGUAACCAACAAUAACGAUAACGAGUGGGUACAUACCAAUCAGGUACUUUAUCACAUUUUAUCCAAUGGAUUGGGAUCCACUGGGACAGUAACCAAAAGCACUUUUUCAUGUUUUUAUCUCCCUGAAAAACCAAAAGACGAUUGGUAUAUUUAAGUCUCAUAAAAGACAUGCAAAAGACCUAACUGAGACAGCAUCCAGAGGGUUAAUUUUUACUUUUCAUGCAGUGAAAUGGGAUCCAGUGCAUCCAAAGCGCUCUUUUCAGAGGGCUAAUAUUGCCUUUUAUCAGACAGAGGUGCAUCUGAAAGGCAGUUUUGAUGUUUAAUCUUCCUUAAGGACAUUUUUCUUUUAUUAAUUUUAAUCAACCUGAAUAAGAACACAGACUGAUUAAUCAGUCUUUUUAACCAAGUAGAGACGCUUAAGAGGCACCUUUUGUAUUUUAACCAUCUAAAAAUAUUCUGCUUUUAAUCUAAUGAAAGGGCAUCUGAUAGAGCAGUUUAUUCAAUUUCAUCCACUAGAAGAGUAGAUAGUGGGCUCAUUUUUCUCUUUCAGUCUAACAGACAGGCAUCCAAUGUGAACUUUUUAUGUUUUACCCAUCACAAAAGACACUCAAAGGUCUUCUACUUUUAAUCCAAUAAAAGGGCACCCAGAGGACACUUUGGUUAUGUUUUAUCCAAACUUUACAUGAUUUCCACUUAGGGUUGUUUCAGUGCUGUGCAGACUGGCAGCAUGUUUGGGUUGCAGCUCAAACUGAGAACCAGUGGUCUACAAGGCAUCCUCUUAACCCCCAAUACCUUAUUCUUGUAUUAUUUUAAUCUAAUUUAAAGAUUAGUCUUGGCUCCUAGUCUUGGCUCUGAUACUCUGUCAGUACUCCAGACCCACUUGGAACUAUCAUGUUCUGGUUUUCUAUCUGCAUAGUUUCAGAUUGUGUUAACUCAGUAAACAGAUAUCUUUAUUUGAAAACAGACCAAGUUUUCUUUUGUGUCAGAACAUCUCAGUUUUCUUUGUAGUCUGAGCAGCAUUGUCUUCAAGUAUGUGAGCAGGCUUUGGCUGCAUGCAGGGAAACCAUUUGUAGGCAGUGCACAGCAGCUCUAAUGAAAAAGUGGAGACUCCUGAUUUUUAUCUGAUUCAGUUUUUGAGUCAUAGUUUUUUGAUUAUUGAAUGUAGAUGGAGCUAACCAGCCUUUAACACAUCAUCUUUCCUCUCCAAAUCCAUUUUUACAUCUUAGGUUAGUGUAAACAUUCAUUAACAUACGGUAAGGUCCAUUUUCCUCUGCAUCUUCUUUUCUUUAAAGCCACAAACCACAUUAAUAAAAAUCACCCUAUAAAGCAUGUACCACUAGAAGCGUUAUAGGUUUCAGAUGACACCCUGUGAGUUCUGGGGUUGUGGAUAACAUUGUGAGAACAAUCUGAAUGGUGAUCAGAUAGUGGUAAAGUGUGUUGAAUUAAUCUCUUACAUGUCAGCUGGAAAUAGAGAAGAAAGGCCCAGUGAUCUGGGUUAGCAUAUACAGGAGUGCAUCCACAUUAUAAAGACUAAUAAAAGACAACACAGGAACUCUAAUACCACUGAUACCACAUGGAAAAGAAGACUCUAAAGGAUCCAGCUUUUACAGCCUACAUGGUUCGCUAAGGAUGUACUGAAGGAGAUGGUCUGGUCAACAGAGGAUUUCCUGUUUCAGCUCUUCCUCUUGGGUCACACAGUAAUAGUCCCUGUCACCUUCCAAAAGGUAGCCAGCUAGCCAACCAACCAGUGUUGUAGUUUGAAGUUGAGUUUUUUGCAGAUUUGAGAGGGUUGUCUUCUGUUUUGUGGCUUCAUUUUAGUAGAGAAUCAUUACAGCUUUAAUUCUCAGGGGUCAAGAUUGGCAUUUGAUGGUCAGGUUACGAUAAGAGUGCCCUUUAUUGGAUCAAAUGGCAAACUACUUCUGAUGAUCUGAUGCGCUGAAAAACCCCAAGUUUGAACAAACUGGAGUUUCAGAUGAGAAGUGACUUUAACAUAACAAGCAUCAACAGACUCAACCUACAGCAAAUGCCACAGUGUAAAUUUAAUGCAGAAGCAAAGAUCAGACUGCAUUUUAAGGAGCCUUUGAAAUGGGACAGCCUCUGAUGCAUUGCUGUGGUUUAAUUGCUCUUCAAAUGCACCCUUUAGUUUGAACACAGCUUUAAGUUCAACCACUCAGUCAGUCAAAACACAAUGACAUGUAACGGUUUAACCCAUUCAUGCCUCUGAACCCUCUUUGUAUUUUCCUUCAGGUUUGAUCAUGACCAGUUCAUCUGAAUUCUCUCCUACUCUUCAACCAUAAAAGCUGGAGCUGAGGAGGUCACACCGCCGACGUUUUUCUCAUGGAUCAUCAAUCCUCAGGCCAACACAGUCAAACAAGCCAAGUCCCGACCUUUCAGUGGCUUUCUUUUGCUUACCAGAAUCUGAAAGAAAUCCCCUAUGAGACUAUUCUAACAUCCACAGAGACUCUGGAGGUGCUGGACCUAAGUAACAAUCUAUUGGAGGAGUAUCCUUUACUUAAUGACCAAACAACUGCACAGCCAAUAAGACAAAAAAGGAGGUCCUUUGGUUUUACUGUUUCCUUUCUGCCUCAGCCUCAGCAGCAUAGUAACAGCGUAGCUUGAAUACAGGUUUACCAUUUAUGGGGUCAUUCAUCAUUUCUAAUGGAUUUCACUUGCAAAACAGUCCACACCUUAAAGCAGACAAGGAAAUGAUUGAAAUCCUGCUUUUGGAGAUAAAGAGUCCAUGUACAACCUUGGGAAAUAUCAGAAUAUCACAGUCUUUGGUUCAUAAAUGCCUUAUUUUGGCAAAGAUAACACCAUAGUCAUCCAAAUGAAUACUAACAGGGAUUUUAACUCUCUAAUUUGGUAAAAAAUUACAGGAUAAAUCAGGUCUCGACAUCUAAGACCUAAUUUCCACCAGUUAAAAAAAAGAUAUCAACCUCUUAGAAAACACAGUUGUUGGUUUAUAUCGAUCUGAAUUUCGAUAGGUAUGAGGUAAAUUGAUAUUUUAGUGAGCGCUAGGUGGGAUUUUGACUCUGUUAUUUGGUUAAAAAACUGGGUAAAAUCAGGUCUCAUCACCCAAGGACUUCCAAAAUAUGGCGGGGACAUUAAUAUGUCAGAAAACACAAUUCCUUGGACAAGUUUGAUAUUUUGUAUCAAUAACAAUGAAGAUGUUGACAAUCCAGUGAGCACUCACUAAUGUUUUCACACUGAUAUUAUGUGGAAAUAGGUUUUGGACAUUCAAGACCAUAUCUCAGCCACUUUUCCACACUAGAGUCAAAUUGUGGUUAAGAAAACACAACUUUGGAUUAUAACUGACUUUUUUUGAUGAUGGUGCCGUGGACUUCCCAAUGAGCAUGAACUGGUGUUUUUACUCUAAAAUUGGUUAUAAAACUAGUUCUGGGUGUGGAAGACCCCAUCUUAGCCAGUUUUCAUUAAGAUAGCUAGUUCUGACGUCAACAUACGGAAACCACAUUUUGCUGUAACAACAAGUUGUUGAUUUUAGGGUUAAUGGAGGCCAGAGAUCAUCAUUGUGAUUUUUCCCCAAACUAAGUUUCCUGAGGUUAAAAAAACACACGUUAAACAAUAAAUUUCAAGCUUCUGUGAAGAGUUAUCAGCUUACAGAACAAACAGAAUUUAACAUUGAUGCCCUUAUUUCUGUUGUGCUGUUGUAAUCUUUAAAACUGCAUGUGCAGCUUCUCAAUUUCCAACCUCUUGAUUACCUGUGGUGUGCUACCCUGAUUGGCUGCCUAAAUGUUUUGGGUUUUUUGGGUGCAGAUGGAUGCAGAGGUGGAAAAACACCAAAACAGUUAUGGAGAGCUCUUCAGAAGAAUCGGUGAUAGCACCCUGCACACACAAUUCGGGAUCUAACAGGAGGAGCUGUAUUUACAGUAGCAUGUCUCUGCAUUAUAAUUGAGUGCUAGUCCUACUUUCUUGUCUUUCUUGUGUGGUUGGCCAUGUUAGUAUGUCAGUGUAGGAGGAUGUGGAAUUGGGAGUGGGGGCGGCUCUGAAUGCAUGCCUUUGCUCAUCACUUCUGCCAUUACAUCACCACAGGAGCUAAUUUGAAACCUCUUGCUAAGCUGGAGAACAACUCGAGUUUGCAUAGGCAAGGAGAAAUGUGCCUCUCAAUGUGCCUUCAAUGACUGAUGAAAUUAUGUUAAUUGACCCUGAUAGUGGUGAAUGACAGGCUUGUUUGUCUAAGGUCAUGAGGUUCAGUCAAGCUUUGAUUCUUUAUUAUCUUUGUAGAUUUACUUUGCCACUGUAACACAAGCAUUUCAUUGUUUCAUAUACAAGAUGCAGCAUGAAAACAGCCAUGAUUGUGUGGUGAAUCUUGUGACUGAAUCAGAUGUCCUGGUGAAAUCUGGUCCAAACAUACUGUGGGUGUUUAAUCAGUGUCUUUGUAUAGUUAGUGGAAAAACUUUUAAUGGGCAACCAGUGUUCUCUCAUCUUUAGGGAAGCAAUGAUUGAUUUUAGAAACAGUAAAUAUUUCUUUUUAAAGUAACCCAACCCAAAAUGCAGAAAGAAAAGGGUUCCUUGUGGUUGUUUGUGCAAGAUUGGUCCAGUGAGUGUGAGUUAAAUUAGUCUCGCAAAGAGGAAACAUGUUGAAAGUGAACCCUGAAUUUAGCCUUAAUAAAGGAAGGACCAAGCCAGGACAGAGUUAACACUGAGUAUUGACAAUAGCUGCAUGUGUUUCUUCUCUGAUCAUAGACGCAGAGGUUUCUUAAUUUUGACAAUGUUUUGUCCACAAAUCUGUAAAAGCAUUGCAGAAUAAAAGCUCAGCAGCACCAGUUAUUAGUGUGCUAUUGCCAAACUAAACUCUUCCUCACUCAAUUAAAGGAAGAAUGAUUGUGUUUGACCAUGAUGGAUACUGAGAUGACGGUAAUGAGCAGAAUUGGUUAAUCAAAUUCAUUACUCUGUCUGCACAGUUCACAAGAUUGUAAUAAGAACAGCUGAAAUGACAGGCCAAUGACUUGAUUUGUACUUGUUACAUCACCAUGGGUGUUUUAGUUUUCUUCACCAUUUACCCUCUGGGAGGUUGUUGUUUUAGCAAGACAUGAUGUUGAUUCAGUCCAUCGUGGUUUAUUUGAGUUGCUGUAAAAGCUUUUGGUGGUGCUGCAGAAGAAAGACUAAAAGGAGGAGCUGGUGUGUUUGGCUGUUUGAUUUGGAUGAUGGGGACUGGAUAAAAGCAGCUAAACUGCUCAGCAUCCAUAGAAAUCAGGUGCUAGACCGUCAUAUGGGAAAAUAGCCACUCUAUGUUAGCUGGUCAGCAUCCAUAAAUACACCUAAAAUGAAUUUCUUUGUCAUUUUUCGUACAAUUUUGAAUCAUUUUCUAGAUAUUUUACUUUCUCACUGUGUAGGUUAUUCUUCUUGUGUUGUACGUCUCAAAGACUAGUAUCAGCAAGAGUUUUGUUUUAUCUUUUUGUUGGUUUCUGUGAGGAAAAAAAACAACUGUUGCAGUAUUUUAACUCGAUUAGAUGAGGAAAAUAGCAUUGGCUACUUAGUUUAAAAGGUGACGAGGUAUAUUCAAAAAAGGAUUUCCAAUUAUAACAAAAGACUAGACUUCCAAGCUCAGAUUUGGACCUGUAGUACCAAACUGUGAAAACUCUUCCUAUCGGGAUUCUGUUAAAUUGCAGGAGAUGGGCGCUCAAAUACUAUAUAGAUCCCACAGUUUACAGGGAACUUAGUUGUUAUUGAUAACUUUAAAAAUGUAUGAGUAUUAUGGGUACUUUGGUCGUUUGACUGAAACACCUCUGUUUUUCACCUAUUCAUGUCAUGUGACUGUAGAAGAAUGGAUAACAAUGACACUUAGUGGUAACGGUAAAUUGGGAUGAUUUCCUUUGCUCCUCAUUGGUCAAAGUCUGAAGGGUUCAUCCUCUGGGGAGUUUAAACAUUGUUUUUUUUAGCAUUUGGUUCUGUUGUUCUAAAUUAGGAAACUCCUGCUUUAGACUUGUAUCUUGAAUUUAGAGUUUCAGUUUUUGUGGUACAGCCAAGAUCAACAUGUUGGUUUGCUGAAGGACUAUUGAAUUAGGCCGAUAAGUAACUUUUUUGAUGAUGGGGCUGCAGGAGAAGUUUAUCCAGUUGGCAAAGUCAAUGCUAAUUCUUAGUUUAACAGUAUUGUAUCCUUUUGAGGUCCAGGUCUUUGGUGGGGAUUAACAAAGUCUUGGAUUGCUUGGUUUUAAACUCUGUAUGCAGUGUUUGGUUCAUGUGGUGCCAAAGUGGGGGAACUCUUGUCUUGGACCCUUUCCAUCUCCAGCGGCCCAAGAUCAACAUCGGCCGCUGCAUGGCACCAAAUAUCAAACAUUGAUAAGGUCAACAGAAAAGUCUUGAAAGGAAUUGUGUUACACGUUGGUGUUUUCUUUAUCUGGUGGGGCUAUAAGAAAAUUAACACAGUUACUUGUUGAGUUGUUUUAGAGGUAUUCUCUCCAUUGGUUGCCAAGAUAAGCUUGGAUCGAAAAAGCUAAGAGGGCUCUUUCUCCAGGUAUUAAAACACAAACUACUGCUAAGACUGAUGGAGAUGUCUUAAGUUUGGAGUUAUUCAGUUGUUUUAUGGUGUUUUCUGACUGAAAAUGGGGCCAAAGGAGAAGUUAGGAGACCCAUAUAAGGAAAAGCACUUGGUUAAAUGAUCAUCAGUUCAUUAGAUGUUACUGCAUCUAUCUUGGUCUGACAAAGUUAUAAUCAUCAUCUGGAGACCAAAACUUUGUUGACACUACAUAAAGAAUCAUCCAAUAAUUGUUGAGACAUUUUAGCCAAGAUUUAAACAGUAGACCCGCUGACUCAUCAUUGUUGGCAUGGCUCAGGACUGAUUGUUGACUUGUCUAUAUUUGCAUAGAUGUUUUAAAUUGACCCAUCUCAGAAGAAAUACUCUUGGGCCAAUGUUUGUGAAUUCAAGGGUCCAAGAGUUUCAGGAUCUUAGAUGAUGUCAGGGACUCUGUAAGAGAAUCCUCACUGUGUGUUCUCCUUUAUUGAGUACUUAUUGGAACCCGGCUCUGCUGGGACGGCUGGAGAAGCUCAGUACGCUGAUCCUGGACAGCAACAACUACACGUCGCACAUCAAGUUCCCAUACAUGCCAAGCAUCACCACAGUGUGCAUCAACAAGAACAAGAUUAACAAUCUGCCAGUGUUCGUAGAGGAAAUCAAACGGAAAUUCCCAAACAUAAAGUAAGACCAGGACUGUUGAGCAUCUCUGGUUGGGAACUAUUGGAUAAUCUGUGAUUUUCAUUCUUUUUGUCUUCUUCUUUCAAACUCAGAAUCCUCAGUAUGAUGAACAAUGAGGCAGCACCAAGCUAUUUUAAUGGAGGAACACUUACCCAAUACAAAGACUACAGGUGAGCACCAAGGUCUCUUUUCUUAGAUCACAGAAACCAAACCAGAAACAUUUGAAUAAACUGAUUUGAGCAUUUUUACACAAAAAAAAAGUAAUUUAACAAGUUAAAGAAGCCGUUUAAGCAAAUACAGAAAACUUGGUAAAUUUCUCUGCCUGGAUCAGGCACUGUAGGGGGGUGGGGGGUGGGUGGGACUUGUGGCUUGCCAUGGCUGUGCUAAUACGUUAACAGAUUCACAGAGUUUACAUACUUAGCAUUCCAUAGUUUUGGCGUAUCGUUAAAGGAAAAGGCUGAACUUCUGAUUUCCUUCCAAAGAACUGGCCCUGAAGGAUUGUAAAAAUCAACAAAGCAAGCCUUAAAAAGCAGUAACUUUAACUAACUUUUGCUGGCAGGCUGACAUUUCGGUUAUUUGCCAGUUUUUCUUGAUUAUAUGGUGGCAGCUUUCUUAACUGAUUGUAGUUGAUGAAUGGAUUGUUCUGGAAGACUGUGAACAGCCAGAUAGCUUUUAACUCAGUGCCUGAUCUUUGCAGCAUUUCUUAAGUGAAAGAAAGCUGCUUUGGUCUCUUUCUUUAUAUGAGAUUAAAAAUGUAAGACUUAGCUGAGGAUAAUACCCAAACUCAUGACUCCUGAUUUAAUCCAUGGUUAUGUGUACAUAAAGAACAAAUGAAGCUUUAUGAACACACCAGCUACCGGCCUCUUUGUAACACCACAGCAGGUGUGUCAACUUUAUGAAACAAGUCCAUUUGUUGAACUUGAGAUAUGAUAACCUUUUAAUACAAUCUCUCUGUGUUUAGUCAUGACGUAAGUAAAUACAGUCACCUGUUAGUUUAGGUUUAGGGUUUGACAACAAACUAGGGCAAGGUUGACUGCCUGAAUUGACUCGACUCCAGUUCACUCCAAGUCCCAGUUGGAUUGGAUCUGAUUCAGUUUGAUUUACUUUUGAUAUAAAAGUUUGUUUCAGUGUGAAAGAGAAAGGACAUACAAAAACAGAAGUAAUCAGAGUCAGCAAGUUUUAGACAAUACUUCACUUUGGUAAACUGCAUAACAUGCAUGUAACUCUUGCAGGGUAAAGGUUAAGCUCAGAUGGAAAAGGUAUUACCUUACAAAAAGCCUCGAGCAAUGUCACUAGAGCUCAGGAUGCAGCCAGAAAGAGUGUUUGGUUCUGUCGAUCCUGCCGACAACGCCAAAGUAGUCUGGUUGAGAAGUUUCACCCAGUUUUAACUAAUUCUAUGGGUAUAGUUAUAUCUGCUUCAUUUAUUUGGUCAGACACACAAAUCAGCUCUUGUGUUCCAGUUACCUGAGAAGUCGGAACUGGGAAUGAUGCUACACCCGAGUUGACAGCAUUCCACUUAACAAGUCAGAAAACCAAGAUGGACGCCUACAGUUAGCUGUUGUUAGCUGUUGUUUACAAUAGUCAGCUGUCAUUAGCCGUUGUCAGCUGUUGUUAGUCAUUGUCAGCUGUUGUUAGCUGUACCAGUUGUAAACAACGCAUAACACAGUAUUUUACUCUACAAACACCAUAGCACCGUGUUCACAGUUAGACCUUGGGCAGUACAUCAUAUACCACUUACUUAAUUUCACAAAAACUUAACAGAAGUGCCAAUAAAUCAUACAUCACGAGAGCUUUCACUGUUACUCUUUACUGUUGAUGCACUGCACCUCCAUCUUGGAUUAUGACGUUGUCAUCAAGUUGGGGUUGGCGAGGAUCGCCCGGCUUUCCGAGCCGGAAAUCCGACUUCAGGGAGGUGUCCCAGAUUAAUUUCCAACUUGGAGCUCGGAAAUUCCGACUUCCGAGUAUAACUGGAACGGUACAUUAUAUACACGCCUCUCCAUUAUAGUGACAACAGACCCGGUCUAUCCUUUGGGGUAAUGAUCUCACUGGAACAGGAAAAGCCUUCUUUCUUAUCAGAUAUGAGCAGAUCACUGACUGCCCCCUACCAAAGCUUAUAACUCUUGCGUUUGGACCUGUACACAGAUCUCGUUUUCUCUGUGUUUUUGUUCUUUCCAGACAGUAUGUCAUCAGCCAGAUUCCAGGCCUUGAGAUCCUGGAUGACACAGAGGUCCUGGAAAAGGAGCGAGCCCAGGCCAGAAAAACCUACAGGCUUCAGCAGAGCAGACAAAACAGGAGGAGAAGAAGGGAGGACUCGUCAAAGAAACACACGCACACGCAGAAAAAGUCAAGUGCUAUCAUAGGAGAAUAG